AAACUGCUCUAAUGACGCUGUGGGUCUCGGGCAAUCCCGUGGGACUUAAAUCUCUGUCUGAUGAAUAUUCAUGAGCUCGGCUCGCUUCCUGCACUGAGGUGAGAGAGAGACACACACACACACACACACACAGAGAGACUUUCUGAACCUCCAGUCAGCGGAGCGGCGGCGCGGACCAACCGGGCACUACAGCGGGCAGGUUACCGUCUACAGUGGCGCUUUAUUCAGUGUGAAUUCUAUCUGACACACACACACACACACACACACCGGAGCUGUUUAUACAGAAUGGUCUGCUAUAGUGAAGCGUGUGUAAAAUACCUGCUGCUCAUCUUCAACCUGCUGCUCUGGCUGGCAGGUACAGGUGUGUUUGCUGUGGGUCUCUGGCUCAGGUUCGAUCCCAGGACUAAAGGCCAGUUUGAAGGUGACGACUCCCCGAGCGGUUUCUACAUGGUGGUGUGUGUCCUCAUAGUUAUAGGGGGAUUGAUGAUGCUGGUGGGGUUCCUCGGCUGCUGCGGCGCCAUUCAGGAGUCGCUGUGCAUGCUGGGAUUGUUUUUCUUCUUCCUCCUGCUUAUCUUUGUUGUGGAAGUGGCGGUUGGGAUUUGGGGAUUUUCCAUCCAGAGCAAGGUUGUCGAUGAUUUCACUCAGUUCUACAAGGAAACCUACAAUAAAUACAAGGAGGACAAACAGGACGCUCUGAGAGAGACCCUGCACCUGAUCCAGUACGGGCUGAACUGCUGCGGACCCUUCAGCUCCGAGGACACGGACACCGGCGAGGAGACGUGUCCCAAACGUGAGGUGCUGGAUGAGCUCAUCAUCAAGAGCUGUCCUGAUGCUAUAGAGAAAUUCUUCACCUCUAAACUCCACAUUAUCGGAGGCGUUGGGAUCGGAAUCGGGGUGAUCAUGAUCUUGGGGAUGAUCUUCAGCAUGCUGCUGCUGUGUGCCAUCAGGAGGAGUCAGGAGAUCGUCUGAGGGCGUCGGCUCCGCUGCCGUCUCCGUGUUGCAUGAUUUCCGUCCCGAAGCUCUCGCCGUCCCCGCUGUCCCCGCUGUCCCCGCUGUCUCCGCGCAGCUCGUCCCCCUCUGAUCGGUGCACACAGUUUACUCUCUGAUUCGUUUCAUGACAAAUGGAACUGUAGAUUUAGUUGAUUUUUGUGGAGCUCGUUGAAGAAUAAGAUGUGACUUUGUAUAUUUUUUUAUUGUUCAUCUUAAACUUCACGAUAACACUGUUGUUGUUGUUGUUGUUGUGUUAUUAACACUACUGUACACAACCUUUUUAAACAUUCCAUUCAUGUUUGAGUUUUUUUCCUUUUUUUUAUAAUAUUGUUGUAAGUAAUUAUGCUUCCUGUAGUAUUUUAUUGGUCUGCUUUGGGCAUCAUGAUGCUCCAAAAAACAGUCCAGAAUUAUUGGCACCCUUUGAAAAAAUUCUGUGUGUAAAAACACCAUCAUUUGAUCUGAAACAAGACGACUAAAGAGACACGAGAGCCCAUAUUGAGUAAAGUAAAUAAACACGAUGAUAAAAAGUUCUGAUUAAACUUUAGAAUAAGGAAUAAAAAAAUCAUUUUGGAUUUUUAAAUAUUAGGAUUAUUUAAGGUUUUUACACAAACACACGAGCACUUUUAAAGAAAUGUUUAAAAUGGAUGCAAAGAAAUUGAACACAAAAAAUUUAAAAAAAUUUCUAAGGGAAAUGUUUUUUUUAAUUGUUGGUGUUUCGGCUGCUUCCGUCAAGGGGUCGCCACAGGUUUGGCACAGGUUUUAACCCAGACUACGCCUUCCUGACGAAACCCUCCCAUGUUAUCUGGGUCUAGGACUGGGCCUUGGGUGGGAAUUGAACCGCGGCCCUAAUUUCACUAAGUCAGAGCCUGGAGGAACUCUCACUGUCUAAUUCCUGUUUCUGUAGGGUAAUAAUACGAGGUGGCACACAUCCCCUGGCUAAAAUCAUCGUCUUAUCUAUCAAAAGAGCUGUGCUUAAACACACAUCCUGUGAAACUGUGUGCUGUAAAGCAACCGGCACGUGCACGUGCACAAGCCUGAGAAAGUGCAGCAGAUUAAAAUGUGCAUGGAGGUACGCCUGAGACCUUCUACACCUGUACACCUGCCUCCGCUCUGGUUACAGGAGGGGACUCGGUGCCCUUACUCUGUCCCUCGGGGACCAGGGACAUGACACGAAAUAUUGAUGGGUGGGGGUGCCAAUAAUUUGGAAAAGUCUUUUGCAAGAACUUUGUACAUAUUGUGGCUAAAAAUUGUGUUCAAAUAAAGAGUUUACCGCA